GCCAUCACUAGACAAAGAUUUAGAACGAAAGCAUUUUAGUAGCGUAAACACUGCGUCUGGAUAGAAAUAUGGAGAAGGUCUCUUAUCUAUCACUGUUAUGGCUUUGGAUAGCUUUGCCUCAGUUUGAUUACACAGCCGCAGCAAGUCUCAAGCUUCUUACUACCUCCAAUAUGCGUCAGUCAACUUUAUUCCCUUAUGGUAUUCUACAAAUUCAGUACAACGGAGAAUGGGGAACGGUAUGUGAUGAUUCAUGGGACAUAAGAGACACUCAUGUUGCUUGCAAGCAGCUUGGUUACUUCAGAGGGCUCGCACACAUGUACAUGGGUGAAGGAUCUGGAAGGAUAUGGUUAGAUGACGUGGGAUGUACCGGAAGUGAGAGCUUAUUAGAAAACUGUCCCAAUUCUGGUUGGGGUAAUCAUAACUGUGGACACGGCGAAGACAUUAGUAUUGUUUGCGAAACAGCCCCUUCUCCUAGAGUACGUCUUUCUGGUGGUAACAACCAAAGAGAAGGUCGAGUAGAAGUUUACUAUAACAGUAUAUGGGGUACAGUUUGUGAUGAUUACUGGACGUUGGAUAAUGCGAAUGUUAUAUGCAAGAUGCUAGGUUACCCAAAAGCACGCGCGUCACAAAAUUUUGGAUCAGGAUCCGGACAAAUCUGGCUUGAUAAUGUACUAUGUCGAGGAGAUGAGAGCUCAAUCGGUAAAUGCCGCCAUAAUGGAUGGGGAAUUGAGAACUGUGGUCACGACGAAGACAUAGGUGUUGUAUGUCUACCAUCAGGUUCCCCAGGAGUGAGAGUCCGUUUGAAGGACGGAAAUAUUCCGAAUGCUGGUCGCGUAGAAGUACGUUACUAUGGUGACUGGAAACCUAUUUGUGAUACAAACUGGGAUCUAAAGGAGGCUAACGUCAUAUGCAGAAUGUUAGGUUACAGCCUUGGUGCUGCUGGAAGUAUCAAUGGAAUGCAAAGUUUUGGAGACGUAUGGCUGUCGACUGUGAGCUGCAAUGGACAGGAGUCAUCCAUUGAAAGCUGCCAAAAUCUUAACUGGGGUCAAAGAAGCUGUGCAUAUAACAAAAAAGCUGGUGUUUUUUGCAAGUCAGGUGCCUCUUCAAAUAUAGCAUUUCGACUAUCCAGUGGUAUAUUCAAUUAUGUUGGACGACUUGAGCAACGGUACUAUGGCAUGUGGGGAGCGGUGUGUGCUGAUUCCCUUGACCUACAAGAUGCUAAUGUGGUAUGUCAAAUGAUGGGGUAUAGUCAGGCUGUUACCAGUUACAAACAACCACAAAGCUACAGCAUGUUUAGAUUUUCGUUGGUCACAAACUGCAGCGGUGCUGAGACUUCAAUACAGCAGUGUGGACACCACCAAACCCAAGUCAAAGCAUGCGAGAGUCACAAUGAUAUUUGGGUCGUUUGCAAGCCUUUAUCAGCCCAAAAUUCUAAUUUAACAGUUCGCUUAGUAGACGGGGACUUUCCUAACCAAGGCCGUGUGGAGGUUCAAUAUCAAGGGAUCUGGGGCACAAUUUGUGGUUUUCGUAGCUGGGGUCUAGCAGAUGCUCACGUGAUCUGUCGUAUGUUAAACUACGGUAAAGCAACAUGGGCAGGAACUGCUAAUAUCAAAGGAAGUGGUCCUGUAUGGAUCGGAUCUUUGUCUUGCCGUGGUAACGAAAAAUCACUGCAGCAAUGUCAAGUGAACUAUGGUUCGGUUGAACAAUAUUGCAAUCAUGAUGCGGAUGCCGGAGUCACGUGUGAACAUGUAACAAAAGAAGAAUUAUCUGUAACUGUACGCCUUGUCGGUGCCGAGAAAAUAAAUGCCGGUGCAGUAGAAGUCAACUACAAAGGGGCCUGGAUACCUGUUUGUGACGAUACCUGGGAUAUAUUAGACGCUCACGUGAUCUGUAGAAUGCUUGGUUACAAAGCAGCUCUCGCCGGAAUAAAGCGAUUUAGUGUCGGAAGGCAAGGGAGGUGGAUAGGUGGAAUCGAAUGCAAUGGCGAUGAAAUGUCGAUUAGUGAAUGCUAUCAUCGUGGAUGGACGAACUAUGGAUGCCCUGGGGACUACUAUGCUGGUGUCACGUGCAAAACUCAUCAAGCCGAUCCUCCAUUAUUCAAGAUAAAUGGAACCAACGCCAUCACGGAAUCAACGGUGUUAAUCGUGUUUGAGGAAAAACGGCAAAUUGAAUCACAUCUGAAAGGUUUCUAUCAAGUGGUAGUGGAAAAGAGAGAUAACGAAGAUCGCUUCAAAACCUAUGGACAGCCAACGCCCUUUGUUUAUAACGAGGUCAACGUUACCAUUGCAGCUCAAAGGGGUAAUGAUAGUUACAUCACCGCAGAGAUUUUGGUUCCCAUCUCAAGCUUAACGAUUGGUGACGGUCAGUACUACAAUAGUUACUACAACGCACCUUUACAACCAGGAUCAAUGUAUAGAGUACAUGUGAGGAUCGUUACCAUUGCAACAGAUGGGAGGAGGACUUUCAGCCGAUCAGACUUUGUGGUUUUUAUGACUAAACAACACAUUGCUCGCCAAGCCGAUCCUCCAUUAUUCAAGAUAAAUGGAACCAACGCCAUCACGGAAUCAACGGUGUUAAUCGUGUUUGAGGAAAAACGCCAAAUUGAAUCACAUCUGCAAGGUUUCUAUCAAGUGGUAGUAGAAAAGAGAGAUAACGAAGAAUGCUUCAAAUCCUAUGGACAGUCAACGCCCUUUGUUUAUAACGAGGUCAAUGUUACCAUUGCAGCUCAAAGGGGUAAUGAUAGUUACAUCACCGCAGAGAUUUUGGUUCCCAUCUCAAGCUUAACGAUUGGUGACGGUCGGUACUACAAUAGUUACUACAACGCACCUUUACAGCCAGGAUCAAUGUAUAGAGUACAUGUGAGGAUCGUUACCAUUGCAACGGAUGGGAGGAGGAUUUUCAGCCGAUCAGCUUAUGUGGUUUUUAUGACUAAACAACGCAUUACUCAGCAAGAAAAAGCUGUGAAGAGCUCGAGCAGCCCAGUUCUCAAAGACACUGUGAUUGGUUUGUCAGUUUUCAUAGCUGUUCUUCUUGUUCUUAUCAUUGGAAGUUUUGUGUGGUGCACCUUCAUAAGGAAGAAGGAGAAGGAGAGAAAGAAUGAGACCAGAGCUACAGAAUUGUCAGAGAUUCCAACAGUAAAUAGGGUUCCUGCAGUCAUUCAACCACCUGAAUCACAUUAUCAGUCUCUGAACUUCCAGUCAAGAAUGCAAACAAAUGUUGGCUAUGACAACCAAGCUUACAGCUUAUCAAUUGAGAAAAACAAAAAGAGGAGAAAGAAAACAGAARAGCAAGGGGUAAAAAGCAAUUCAAAAAACACAAUGGAUCAAAAUGAAUUGCAUUAUCAGGCAAUGACAUUGCCAUCUGAAGGACAACAUAAUGGUGGCAGACAGGAGGCAGCAUAUCAAGUGUCAAAUAUUAGAUUACAGGAUUCUAAUGUGUACAAAAUUGAUGAGAACUUGUAUGAAAAUGUGACAUGCUAGAGAGACACAUACGUUUGAAGUACUCUUGUUCCAUUGCUUUAUCACAAGCCUUUAUUUCAAUCUUUUGCCAACCUGGAAAAAAAGCCAAGAUAAUCAAACAGAUAAGGCAAAAAUGACAAUGAUCAUAAUAGUAAUGAUGAUGAUGAUGACAUAAUCUUUUAUAGUGUCCAUGUGGUCCAGCCUUAGGAUCAAUGUACAGAUCGUGCUACAAAUUUCACACAGGUUUAUAAAAUUUUGUUCUUAAGCAGGUCAAAUCGGUCUAUAUGUGAAUACUAGACAAUGAAAAACAUUGCAACGAUCUUGAUGAAAACUACACAACAAACUAUUGAAUUUGGUUUUUGCAAUAUAUUAAUUUCAACAAUUAUUGGAUGAGGUUUUGAUGAUAUCUGGAAUUAUGAAUGUUGAGGUAAGUGUUAUCGAUUGGCAGAACCGUAGGCUGAGGCCAAAAAUAUUUGCCAAGACAUUGAUAUUGAAAAAAAAUCAAAACCAAAUUCAAUAAAUGUUGUAUUAUACAUUGUUGAAAUAGGUUAACUGAUAAUACAAAGAUAAGUUUAAAAUAAACUUCAUUUAAAAUUUAAAGAAAAACCUACAGGUAACCACCAUCCACUGACCUAUGCAGUCUCAUUUUUGCAGAUAACUGGCUAUAGAUAACUAUAUCGACUAUCGACUGCUGAAAAAUCGCUGGUGCAUGCUGAUAGCUAGAAUUAUCUGUAGGUUUUCGACCAAUGAGAAUUCAGAUAGUGAGUGCAAUGUAUGAUAACAUAAAUUAUCAUGACAAGGGCAAUGUAGGAUGUACAGCUGUAGGCUGUGGUGGAUAAYACAGAUAAGGUUUUUUGAUAAUUUCUGCACAAACAGAAUUCAAUAAUUGUUUAAUUGUAUAGUUUGUAAACUAAGAAUAAAGAUUUUGUUCUGCCUUAGAAAAAAGGUAGCGAACAUAUUUCAUUCUUCAUUCCGACCUUGAGUGAACAUGACUUGCUGUAAUAUUGUAUUAUCWGCAGAAAAACCUACAAAUAAUACAUUGAUCAUGUCAAGUUCACAUGAUAUUAAGGAUUUGCUGAAGGUUCUUGGCCAAUUAGAAGCGACAUAACGAGUAAAAAUUAUUGUACUGUACAUAUUAAUGAUCAUAAAUAUAUAUUACAUGGAUACUAUCAGUAUACUAUUAUUGUUACAAAGUUUCCAUUUUUUUAAUUUUAGAUGCUUUGAACCAACAAACUCACAUUUUUAUCAUUUGGUUAGAGUGCAAUCUGCUAAAGAGCAUUGGUUAACAUAAUUAUUCAAGAAUUAUACCAAGGUUAACAUAUAGUCUAUAUAUAGACUGAAGUCUUAUCCUUUAGUGGGGCAUAUGUCUCAAUAUAUCAGAGUCAAAGUUAUUUUUACAUAAACUUAAAUUGGUUAAAUCAUUCGGCAAAGCAGAAAUGACAUUAGACUUAAUCUUCCUUUGAUAAUAAAAGAUGGCUUGCAAAACAGUAUUAAGACCAUUUUUGAAAAACCUUAAAUUAAUGAGUUCUUUGCUAUGCGCAUAUUAAAGCUUAUCAACAUUUGCCAUUUUUGCGGUUCAAUAGAACCUGAUUAAUUAGUAAUCAGAUAGUUUCUCAUUCAGUUUGGCUUAAUUUGCACUGGACAUGUGUUUUCCAAGAGCUAAAAUUGCAUUCGCCCUACAGGUUCAUGCAAAUUGAUACUGUUUGAAAACAUACUCGUGCAAAUCAAUUCCAAAUUGAACAAGAAACUGUGUGACUACUUAUAGAAAAAAUAAUAAAACAGACUAAUAACUUAUUACAUUUUGACUGCACCAGAGGUAUGAAUACCAUCGACUUUCUUUCGUUUUCUCACUGGAUUAAAAAAUAAGUCACUACCAA